CUGCAGGCCCUCGCCUCGCCGCAUCAUUGAUGGGCAACCAACUGGACCGCAUCACCCACCUCAACUACAGCGAGUUGCCCACAGGGGACCCGUCGGGGAUCGAGAAGGACGAGCUGCGGGUCGGGGUCGCCUACUUCUUCUCGGAUGAGGAGGAGGACCUGGACGAACGCGGUCAGCCGGACAAGUUUGGCGUGAAGGCCCCGCCCGGCUGCUCUCCCUGCCCAGAGAGCCCCAGCCGCCGCCACCACCACCUGCUGCACCAGCUGGUCCUUAAGGAAACUCAGUUCUCCGCCUUCCGAGGCCAGGAAUGCAUCUUUUCCAAAGUGAGCGGCGGCCCUCAGGGCGCCGACCUGAGCGUGUACGCGGUCACCGCCCUGCCGACUCUCUGCGAGCCCGGCGACUUGCUGGAGCUGCUGUGGCUGCAGCCGGCGCCCGAGCCGCCCGCGCCCGCCCCGCACUGGGCCGUCUACGUGGGCGGCGGCCGCAUCAUCCACCUGCACCAGGGCGAGAUCCGCCAGGACAGUCUGUACGAGGCGGGCGCGGCCAACGUGGGCCGGGUGGUGAAUAGCUGGUACCGCUACCGCCCGCUGCUGGCCGAGCUGGUGGUGCAGAACGCCUGCGGCCACCUGGGCCUCAAGAGCGAGGAGAUCUGCUGGACGAACUCGGAGAGCUUCGCCGCCUGGUGCCGCUUUGGCAAGCGGGAGUUCAAGGCGGGAGGGGAGGUGCCGGCGGGCACGCAGCCCCCGCAACAGCAGUACUAUCUCAAGGUGCACCUGGGCGAGAACAAGGUGCACACGGCCAGGUUCCACAGCCUGGAAGACCUCAUCCGCGAGAAGCGCCGCAUCGACGCCAGCGGCCGCCUGCGAGUGCUCCAGGAGCUCGCCGACCUGGACCUCGUGGACGACAAGGAGUAGCCGCCGCCCCGGGGCCGCUGCC